GUCACUAGCUGCUCGCGGUGAUCAUGGCGUGCACGCCCCCUUUACUACCCCCUAUUUAAGCCGCUCCGUCUCUUGCGAGGAGCUCCGGUGACAUAUACUACCCCGUGUCCGUCCACUUCUCCAAGAACUCACUCGUGUAGUGUAGCCGAGCCACGAUCGACAUGCCCUCGCCUGGUAGCUUCAGUCGGCGUAGCGGCGACAGUUUCCUUCUGCCCCGGCCGCCGCCGGUGACGGACGUGGGCUGCGGGUGCCGCACGCCGAGGCUUCUCAGCUCCAUCUACUCGUCGCUCAUGUCCCGUGCGCGUGGAGGAGGAGGCCGUAGCACCAAGCCCAAGUCGCCGCACGCGUCGUCCACGUCCACCGCCACCGCCUUCAGCUGCAGCACCGCGGGCGCCACCACCGCCACCACGGUCUCGUCCCUGGACGACUCGUGGGGCCUCGCGACCUACGCCACCAACACGCUCUACGAGGACGACCCCGAGGCGAGGCGCCAGAGGCAGAGGACGACGACGAGGACGAGGAGGCGCAGGAGGCAGAGGAACCACGGUAGCAGCAGAAGGCCGGAGCGGGGCGUCGCGAUGAUGGCACGCGGGGAGAAGGAGGAGGAGGAGGAGGCUGCGGUGGCGGUGGAGGUGGAGUCGGCGACGCCGUACGAGGACUUCCGGGAGUCCAUGGUGGCCAUGGUGGUGGAGAAGGAGAUGUACGCGUGGGAGGACCUCAACGCGCUGCUCCACGGGUUCCUCUCGCUCAACUCGCCGCGCAACCACCCGCUCAUCCUCCACGCCUUCGCCGACCUCUGGGCGCCGCGCGGCGGCCUCUUCUGCCCUCCGUCCCCGUGCCUAGGCCUCUAGAGUCGAAGCUGCACCUGCACGCCGACAUGCGCCACCUAGCUAGCUCUACCCCAUUAGCGCUGGCAUAUAUAGCCGUAAAUCUAGCUUAGGCUGGGUCAUACUACUGUGUACGUACGUAUCUUGUACUGUAGUUGUCGUCGUCGUUCUCGUCGUUGUUGUAUUACGUGCUACUCUGCUACUCCGUAGUCCUCUAGAGCUAAUGCUCAACGGACUGCGUACUAAUCUUUGUCCGUGUCCGUGUGUCGGUGCGUGCGUGCGCAAGACAAAAUAAAGUAUGCGAUACGAUGGCACGUCCGUGGUUCGUAUGAGCUCUGUUCGUUUC